UCCACAGUCACACUAAACCAAUAUUAACCCGAUUUUUCGACCGUGCUUGCAAAAAAAAUAAAAACAAUUAAAUAUGUUCCAAAACAGCGCUGCUCGUCUCUUGGUUCCAGCCAUCCGAAGCGCCAUGCAGAGCAGGUGCCAAUCCGUGGUUUCAGGCCCACCAACCCAGCACAUCUCAAAGGCUGAGAAAGUGAUUCUUGGCGGUGGCAUGUGCGCAGCGGCCCUGUUCAUUCCCGGCUGGGUUCUGUAUCACAUCCGUGAUUACAAGGGCGAGAAGUAAAGCGAUGAUCUAAUAUUCCCCAAAAACUUUGAAGUCUAGUAUCAAUAUAGUAAUGGUGCUCCUGUGCAACAUGAAUAAAGGAAAAUAGAUUGAAGUUAAA